AUGGUUAACCAAACAACUGUUACAGAAUUUGUCCUUCUGGGAUUUGCCAAUCUUCGAGAAUUACAGAUUCUACACUUUGCGGUCUUUCUCUCCAUUUAUUUAGUGGCUUUGGUGGGAAACGUUCUCCUAGUUACAGCUGUAGUCCAGAAUCACCAUCUUCACAGCCCCAUGUAUUUCUUCCUGGUCAACCUGUCCAUUGUCGAUGCCUGCUACAUUUCGACGACGGUACCCAAAUCCAUGGCCAAUUCUUUGAUGGGCAGCAAGCAUAUUUCAGUCCCUGGAUGUGUCACUCAGGUUUUCUUGGUGAUUAUGUUUGCAAGCGCUGAACUGUUCCUUCUCACCGCCAUGGCUUAUGACCGCUAUGCAGCCAUCUGUCAUCCUCUGCGCUACCAGCUGAUCAUGAACUGGACUCUCUGCUUCCAAAUGGCAGCUGUUUGUUGGGUCACCGCUGUCAUCAUUGCAGCGGUAGCUACAGGGAACACAUUUGCAUUACGUUUCUGCCAGUCCAAUCUUAUUGAACAAUAUUUCUGUGAUGUCCCUCAGUUAUUAAAGAUCUCUUGCACUGAUACAUCGACCGCUCAAAGCUUUGUUUUUGCCAGUACUCUUAGCUUAGGCUCAUUUUGCUUUACAUUCAUAUUUGUUUCCUAUGGUUACAUCUUCAGUGCUGUUUUCAAGAUUCAGUCGGGGCAUGGCAGGCAGAAAGUCUUAUCUACCUGCACUCCCCACUUGACAGUCUUUUGUUUGUUUUUCUUCACUGCUUCAUUUUCGUACGUGAGGCCCAAAGCUUUGUCCUCUCCGACUGUGGAUUUGUUGGCUGCUGUCCUGUAUACUGUUUUGCCUCCAAUCAUGAAUCCCAUCAUCUACAGCAUGAGAAACAAAGACAUCCAGUUGGCUCUGGGUAGAGCCAUGACUCAUCUUCCUUGCAUUUCCUGGGUGGGCUUUGGAGAAAUGAAUGGGAAAUAUUGA